AUGUCGUCCCUGUCCAGAUUCAGUCUGUCACGGCGCGACGUCAUCCUCACCAUCCUGUUCCUGGCCGGAGCGUCCGCCAUCAUCGUGAUUGUUGCUGUAGCGCUCCACGAGCAACACAAGCCCGAGCCGUUACGCUCCUUCUUGGACCUCAAGCCGCCCAGGGAAAACCCCUGGCAGACGCGCCACUUGCCGCUCUACUUUGAGUGCGAGUCGAAGGCCUGCAAGGCGACUGGCGACGACCUCCGCAAGAACGUCGCCUGGACUCUAAACCCAUGCAGCAACUUUUACGAUUACGUUUGCUCCAGCGACCGUCUGCGGACGAACGUCUAUGAUCACGCGGUGGCCCACUACCUUCGCGAGGUCCGUGGGUUGAUGGAGAAGUACCUAAACCUCGGUUGGUUCUCAAGGACGCCGCUCUCCUCUAAGAUAACCAAGUUCUUCGGUGCCUGCAAGUCCGGGGACCAUACCCUGACCUCCUGGACGGAACAAUUACGGCAAGUCUGGAAGCUUCUUCGGCUAGACGCGAAAGAAACGACGUCCGAAAAGAUGCUGGCGGACUUCUCGAGGGCUCUCCAGACUUUCCCAGUCGUGCAAGUCUCGGUGUCCAACGCGUCCGCGAAGAUGUGCAUCGUCCUCACGCGACCGCGCGACCGUGGCGUCGACAAGAUCUUCGACGUGCCACAUGUCUUCUCGACUAACUUCAUAGAGUUUGUUAGGUCACUCCUCGGAUUUUCUGGUUCCAAAGCAAAGUCAUAUUUGGAGUCUUCGCGACUACUCAAUGACACAAUUCACGUCGAAACCCUGAUCCAGAAGUACUCCGGUCCACAUGGCGAGGAGUAUCAUCCGAUAAAGGACUACGGAAAUAUUCCCGUCUCCGACAUGACCAGUGGUAGUAAGGCCUUCAACUGGUACAACUAUUUGCGCCGUUUUUUGGGAGGCGUCGUGAGUGUCAAGAAGGACUCCUGCGUCAUCACGAGGUCGCCGUCGUAUGUGAAUCACUUGAAGUCCAUUCUGCCGCAAGUUACCAAGGGCCAAAUGAGAUCUUUCUUGAAGGUCAGGGCCGCCAUGGCCUUGAUAGUCUUUCGAAGACUGGUUUCCGCGAAAACAAAGAACGACACUGAGAAGCUGUGCACACUGGCCACUUACAAGUUGUACCGUUACGCCUUCGUGAGAGAUCUGAACGACACGUCACUGCUCCAGGUCUAUGUCAGCGCCGGAGAAAAGGAGGUCAUCGUCAGGAUGUCCUACAGAGGCAUCCUUACGGACGACGGACCUGUAACGGAGGUCCACAAGCAAGUAGACUUGGCUAUGAAGAAAGCCAAGACUGAAUACUUCCACUUGAUGAACAACGUUGACAGCUACUAUGCCAGUGACACCACCAGCUACGCUGACCGAAAAAAACUGGCCCUCAGUUUCGUUCACGCCCAGCUGGCCAUGGCCCUUCCCUGGCUGCGAACUGUCGUCUCCUCCGGUGGCAAGGUCCAAGACAACCAGUUAGACAUCCGCUGGGACUUCGAUCCUGACAGCCAGGUUCUUGCCGUUCCUGUUUCCAUCUCUCCUGUUAGGAUAAAGGGUGAGAAGGAAUUCUUUCUUGAGUCGACCACGCUGGGAGGCGCCAUGGUACGGUUCCUCUACAAGGCCUUCCACGAAUCCUCGCUCUUCAAGUCUUCUAAAACUCCAGACGGACGGUAUCGCAACGGAACGCCCAUGGCUUGCUUCGAGAAGCAGUACGGCUCACGCUCUAUAGGCAGCAAGAAGGUGAACGGUCGGCGUGUACUGCGAACGGUUACGUCCGACAAUGCUCUGGUACCGGUUUUACACAAGGCGUUCAAAACAUCUCUGUACAUCCACAAGAUCGAGGUUAUCAACUACAAGAAGCUGGAGAUGUAUUUGGCCAACCUUCCCGACGUCGACGCUGACCAGCUCUUCUUCUUAAUGCUCGGGCAGACCUUCUGCGAUCCUUACGAGGACACGAGAAAGGUCCUGGCACAGGCGCCCUUCCCGCCGUCUAAGAUUAGGCUUAACGUGGCGCUGGCGAACUACCCCGCCUUUGCAAAGGCCUUCAAAUGUAAGAACGACACGGUGAUGAACCCGAGGAAGCGAUGCUCAGCGUUUCGAUCCAAGUGA